AAGAAAAAGAAGAAACGGUCUGUGCGGCGUUGCUUGCCACAUAAACAAGUUGGCGUCGCAGCACUGAAUUCAACUCAACUAGCCGGAGCUGCUCGUUGGCCUCCAGUCCAGAAACAGCGAUAUACACUUUGCUUCCUGAAAUUACAGUUUCUCUGCCAAAACCGCAGCUUCAAGUCGCAGUCCCGAGAUUGCCGCUCUGCUGCCUUCUUUUUAAUAUUCGCCUUAUCUGAGCCAUUAUUCAGCUUCGUUGCCCAAAGUCCUUAGAAGUUUACUUUCUGGUUUUUAGUAUCUAGUUUGGUCUUCAAUUAUUGUAUAACGAUGGAGCCUGGAAAGUUUGACCCAAGACACUCUGGAGAGUUGUUGAAGCAUAUGGAUAAGCAGAAUGAGGUCCUUAUGGAUGCAUAUAGAUCAAUGUUACAUGAAUUACAAAAACUUCAGGUGGAAGAAGAAAUGCUUAUGCGCAAGCUUUAUGAAGUUAUGCCCAUUCGUGGUCUCAUCAAAAAGAACGGAGACAACUUAAACACUUCGCAUAAUAGUGCAGGAGCUGAACAGUCCAAUAAUGAAGUCGACACGGAUCAUGAAGAACAAUGAGAACAAUUAUGGUUGGACACAGGUCACCUACAGCUACAGUAUAAAGAAAAAACAGUAAGGUGAUGCAGUUAAAUCCAAACAAAAGUAGGAUUGUGUUAGCUAGACAACAACCAAAGCAAAAAAAAAAAAAAAAUCAAAUCUGCAUGACAUUGAUGGAUCAUUUACUGGGUUAGGCAUUGUAUGGAGAGGACCUAUAGAAGCACCAAUGAAGAAAUUAGAUUAGAUGAAAGAUUGUCCAAUAGUGUUAUGGGAUGGGAAGACCAAUGUCUUUGCUUUAUUCUUUUUGCUGCGGCAAAGAACCUUCAUCCAUCCUGGUCAUAUUUCUCAUAGAUUUGCGCUUAUGACCAAAGUGCCGUUGGGUGAGGGGUAUCCUUACUGGACAGAAAGAAUUAAUAGCUUUUGAUAUUCUGUGUGUUGACACUUGACUAGGCAUGGCGGGUCGGGGUGGUUUUUGUCUCUCCCCAUCCCCGGCCUCGGUUCAUUGGGUUGUUAUCCUUUUGAACUGAUCUGGUUCUCAAAUUAUUGAAUUGAACUGCAUUUUCAUUCAA